GUGCUGAGUGUGAACAUGGCUUCCAGACAGCAGCUCCUGAGACUGACCGAGGAGGCAGUUUGUCCCAUUUGUCUGGAUUUUUUCACUGAUCCAGUUACACUGGAUUGUGGACACAACUUCUGCCGCUCCUGUAUCGCCCAGAGUUGGGAAAAGAAGGAGAUAAACUCCUGCCAGGAAUGUAGAGAGGUGUUUCCGGAAAGAAACCUCAGGAUAAAUCGAGCCUUAGCGACUCUGGCCGAGGAGUAUCGAAAAUUAAAGCUGGAUCCGAAAGAGAAGGAAAGUAAACCUCACUGUGAGAAACAUCAGGAAGAUCUGAAGCUGUUUUGUGAAACUGACAGGAAAUUGAUCUGUCUGAUUUGUAGAGAUUCGCGGGAGCACAAAACUCACAACUUCCUGCCGAUCAGCGAAGCUGUUGAAAUCUACAAGGAUAAACUGAAAUCUUCCUUAGAUUCUCUCACAGAGAAGAAAUCGACCGUUCUACAAACGGAACUGACCCAGAAACGGAAGAUUUCCGAAGUGAGGGAACAGGCGAGCAGUCUGCAGACCCACAUCACAUCCGAGUUCACUAAAAUGCACCAGAUUCUCACUGAGAAAGAGCAGCGUUUACUCAGAGAUCUCAGGGAAGAAGAGGAGAGGGUUGUAGAACCAAUGGAGAAAACCCUUCGAGAGAUUCAGGAGAAUUUACAUUCCACUGAGGAUGAACUCUCAAAGUUGCAGAAACAGAUGGAGCAAAAAGACGAAUUGAUCUUUCUGAAGGAGGAAGCUUGUCGGAAGAGAAGGAUUAGUGAUGACAUAAAGACACUCUCAGAUUCUGAUGGCUCUCUGUCUCUCGAACAGUUCACUGGCCCUUUACAGUACAUAGUCUGGAGAGAUUUGAUACACACCAUUCACCCAGCUCCAGCCUCUCUGUCUCUGGAUCCAAACACAGCGCAUCCCCGCCUCAUCCUGUCUGAGGACCGGACCAGUGUGAGACUUGGAGACACAGAGCAGCCACUUCCUGACUCCCCGAAGAGAUUUGAUUCCUGGCCCUUUGUUCUGGGAUCAGAGGGAUUCACAUCAGGGAGACAUUACUGGGAGGUAGAGGUGGGGAAGCAGCAUGAAUGGGGUUUAGGAGUGGCCCAAGAAUCUGUGGAGAGGAAAGGGACAAUUGUCCCAAAGGUGGAGACUGGAUUCUGGAUUGUGGGGAAAGAAGCCAGAAGAAGCGAUGAUGCAACAUUUACCACUUCACAGACCCCAACCUCCAGAUGUGCAGAAUCCUGGAAGAUUGGGGUUUUCCUGGACUAUGAGGGUGGACAGGUGUCAUUUUACAGUGCGGACAACAUGUCCCAUCUCCACACUUUCACCCACACUUUCACUGAGAUGGUCUUUCCCUUCUUUUGUCCAGGGCUGACAUAUGGCAGGAAAAACUCUGCCAUGCUGAAAAUCUGCAGGAUUAAGGGGCACUGACACAUCCAUCCCAUAAUUUCACCCCCUCCCCCUCCCUCCUGCCAGCUGUAAACUGAGGGGGGUUGGUCUCAGUCACAGGUGGAGAAAGAAGCCAGGUUAACAUUCUGGGAAUAAACCCUAUGUCGGAACUGGGAAAUGAAAGAUCGGCAAGGAGCUGCGUAGGGCUGGAGGAAAAAAGGAUGGGAAGAGAAAAAGCAAAUAGAAGCUCAGUUGUAGAGAGGGACUUACUGGGUAGAAUGAGGUGUGAGCUGCAGGAACCAUGGACAUUCUUGCCUGUAAUGUGAUCCAUUGUGAAAACCCUUCUGCAAAACAACCUUACAUGUUUCGUCAGAUAAUGUCUUAUUCUACUGAAUUCGAGAGACAGAGCCAGAUUGAAUCGUGCCUGAUAUUCCAGAAAGAUUGGCCCAUUCAUUGACAUCUCACAAGGCCUUUGAUGACUGCAAAGGGAGAUGGAUACAAUUUAAUCAAGGAAUUAAGAAGGCCGAAAGGAGGUCAGGAAGUGUCCUCGGCAGGAAGGAUUCAGGAAAAUAUCAAAUAAUUUUACUCGUAUAUUCAGAGAAAGAGGGUAGACAGGAAAAGGGCUGAUUUAUUCAAGGACAAAGGAAGCAAUUUAUGCACGGACCCAGAGUAAGUGGGUGAUAUCCUUAAUAAGUACUUUGUAUUAAUAUUCAUCAAAGAGAGGCACAUGAAUGAUGGUAAGAUUAGGGAGGUGUAUGUUGAUAUUCCAGGGCAUAUUGAUACUAAGAAGGAGGAGGUUUUGGGUGUCUUGAGGCAGAUAAAUCUCGAGGGCCUGGUGGGAUCUAUUAGGAAAUCUUUGUGCCUAUUUAGUCACUGUCAAGACCCCAGAAGGCUGGAGAAUAGCCAAUGUUGUUCCUUUGUUUAAAAAGGACAACAGGGAUAAUUCAGGAAAUUUUAGGCUGGGGAACCUUAGUUCAGUGGUAGGGAAAUUAUUGGAGAAUAUUUUUAGGGACAGGAUUUAUUCGCAUUUACAAAAGAAUUGACUUAGAAUCAUACAGUCAUAAAGCUGUACAGCCCUUUGUCCAACUCAUACAUACCGACCAGAUAUCCUAAA